AUGCCAAAUUUUUGUCAUGAAGAAUCAUCUAAUGAUGAUAGCGAAGAGUCAGAUAUUGAUACUUUAGAAGCUCUAACAAACUAUCGCCAAAUACAUUCUUCGGGAGUUACUUCUACUGAUUCAACUAACAAUUUACAAAAUGCCAAAGUGAUCAAUACAAUGAAAAAUAUCAUUUAUAAUUCCCUGUUUGAUUACUGGAAUGAAUUUGUAAUGACUGGUUUAUUAGCAUCACUUUUGGAUCUCCACUUAAAAACACUUUCUAGUUGGGACGAUAUAACUCAAGAAAAAGCUAAAGCUAAGUUAACAUGCCAAUUUGAGUUAUUAAUUGCUUCAAAUAAUGAACAAACAAUGGCUUCAACAAAUAUAACUUCAAAAAAUAGUAAUAUUCUCCGUAGGCGAUUACAUUUUUCAAUUUUUGGUACUUCAAAUAAUAUUACAUCUAGUCCUUUAGAUGAAUUAGAAUGUUACUUGGAUUCUGUUUUUUAA